UUAAGCUGUUAUUUGCUGUAUUUAUAUUUCUCAUUUUUAGUGGAGCAAUAGAGAAGAACAGAAAACGGGCAGCAUUUACCGAGGUCUUUCAAAAUGUUGGCCCAUGAGAAAGAUUGCGGCGCUGUCGUUUUGAGUUUGCCCCUUACAUAAGAAAACGGGGCAAAGGUGCGCGGCACAGUACUGUAUUAGAUUGUACAAUUUAGUCAACUCCGCAAGAGAUAAAAGUUGUUUGUUUGGAAAAUGACCAAUCGCAGGCUUCCACUGUUGCUCCUCCCUACUUAAAAGAGUUCACAGAAUUAAGUCCUGAAUGCAAACUUCCUCGGGUUUUGCAGCCAACAGAAAAAAAACCCCUACUAUUGAGCCCGUCACGGCAAACGUCUUUCUUCUGCAACAAAUAACACCUAAACAGGGAAGAGGCGAGCAGACACAAUAGCGAGCGCCCGGAAGCCUUUCGCGGCAACAUCAAGCAGCCUCCGGAACACCGACGGGGCCCAACAAAGGAGUUAACCAAUAGAGAGCGAGGUUGGCCGUCAGGGACUGUCCCGAUUGGUGUAAAGCGCCACCGCUCAAGCAGGCUGAAGUGCAGGUUGGAGUCAAAGUUGGGGUCUUUACCCGAGUCCCUUGGUGAAGGCGCGACGUGGCGGAAAUGGCUGGCAAGAGCCAGGAGCAGACCAUUGAAGAAGAAUUAACCUGUUCCAUAUGCUAUGACCUCUUCAGGAACCCUGUCAUGCUGGAAUGCAUGCACCAUUUUUGUAAAGAGUGUAUCCAAAAAUAUUGGAAUAGAUGCCCCAAAAUUGCCACUUGCCCCCAGUGUCGGCAAAAAUUUCCUUCCCGAUCCUUUCAUCCCAAUUUUAUUGUAUCUAAUAUAGCGGAGACAGUUCGAAGAUCUGCCUCUGAGGAGCACAAAAGGAAAACCAAAAUGGAGUUCCAAAAGGUCCUUCAGGCCUACCAGAUGAAACACGACAAACUGUUGAAGAUGAAGCGAAAGAACGAGGAAGAUAUCAAGAACUUGGGGACAACAUCUGGGAAACUGAAGUUGAAGAUCCAAGCAGCAUUUCAACAUCUUCAUCAGAUCCUCCAAGAGGAGGAAGGAAGGAUGCUGAUGGAACUAGCUGGAGAAGAAGAACAGUGUAUGCUGAGACUGGAAACCGCUUCCAUACAAUUCAUAGAAGAGAUUGCUGAGUUGAAGAAGAGCAUGGAGCAGGUACAGCGCAGUCUCGACAACUUGGGGAUCUCAUCAGUGCUGCAGGUGGAAACUGUGCCUGUCAGACCAGCACUGCAACCAGAAACAUUGACCUUGGGUCUAAAACAGCACAAGGAGCUAUGUGGAGGACCUUUGCAGUACAUAAUUUGGCGAAAGAUGCUGAAAUCCAUCAGCCCAGCUCCUACUGCUCUGACCCUGGAUCCAGAAUCGGCCCACCCCAACCUCAUCCUCUCCAAAGAUCUGACUUCAGUGACAGAGAAGGAGUCACCUCAGGCAGUUCCCAGAAGUCCCAGACGUUUCCUGCAGAGCGUGAAUGUGUUGGCCAUGGAGUCCUUUGAAAGCGGGCGGCAUUACUGGGAAGUCUGGGUGGGCAACAAGACCAAGUGGGAAUUGGGAGUGGCUUCAGACAAUGUGAACCGGGUAGCCAGAGUCCGGCUGUGCCCAGAUAAUGGCUAUUGGACAAUAAGACUGUGGAACGACUCCGAGUAUUGGGCUGCAGCAACUCCCUGGGUACGUUUGAGGCCCCAGCACUUUCUGAGGAAAGUGGGGGUGUUGUUGGACUGCAAGGCCAAAACGCUAACUUUUUAUAACGCUGAGGAGAUGUCACUCCUCUUUACUUUCCAUCAGUUGUGGGCUGGCAAAUUCUAUCCUUUCUUCAGUACUGGCUUCAGUCAUGGUGAGAAGAAUGCAGAGCCCAUGAGGAUCUGCCACCCUCUCAGGCUCUGAAAUCUCGUUUCACAGGAUUCGGUGGUGCUUUCCUUUUUUUUUUUUUUUUCUUUCCUGCCUUUGCAGUAUUACAGUACUGUUUCUCUUUCCUCAUAACUGCCACUGAAAAGGGUUUGUUGAGAUUUCAGGCCAUUACGUUUCUGAUAUAGAUGCAGCCAACUGUAGUGAAAAAUGAAGGGAUGUUGACCAUUUUUAUUUAAAGUGGUCCCUGAUUGUCUUUUCUAAGGUGGGCUUUCUUUUUUAUUUUAAUCUAACAAGAUAGUUGCUAUUCAUUUAAGGUGCAACCUGGCAAAAAGCAAAAUAUCUUGACUGUGUAUCAGAAAAAAUGAUAGGUGUGAGUUUCUACUUCCUAUUACCACUUUUUCUAAGUGUAAAUACGUUUCUUACACAUAUAUAUAGUAGGCUUGUACUUUAUCUGGUUGGUUUCUCCAUCUACCUGAAGAAAAAAAAUUCCUUGUUAGUAAGACUCAGUUGUCCAAAAAUGCUAUUAAUUUUCAUUUAUAUUCUGAGUUAAGAACAACAACAAAAAAUCGGUCUCAGAAAGAAGCAUAAGUUUAAAGAGAGAGCAUGAAGAAGAAAUGGUUUUUAAACUUUUUAAAACAACCUACAAACUACACAACGGGCGUAAUACCAGCAGGCGUGAGAAUGUCACAUCUUGUCCUGGAUUCUGAGGAGAUUCAGUCAGUCGAAGAGAUUGAAAGCAGCCUUUUCUAUGAUGCAGGGCUAAGAUGCUGAAGAAUUAGAUUAUGCUGUUAUCUUUAAAGGAACCAGCCAGAUUCACAGGUCCCAGACUGAAGGACAGCUUAUAGUGCAGAGGAAGAUUUUCCCAAUUUUGCUGUAUAGUUUUCAAAUAAAAAAAAUAAGGCAUUUUUAUUUUAUUUCAAAAUACAAUGUUAAAAAAGUCCUUGAAAAAUCACUUUAAAAGAGCAUUUUGUAUAUGUGUGUUUUAUGGACAUGAAAACAAGAUCAAUUUAUGGGGGACUAUGAACCGGAAGCAGUAUGUCAGCUUGUACUUUUUCAACAUACGAUUCAGAAUAGCAGCACAAACUGAUUUUGUAAUAACAGCCAAUUGCAGGAGAGAAUUGCUGCAUUAGGAAAUGGGAGAUGCAGCUCUGCACAGUUGAAAGGAGGAAUUUUGAGGCUAUGUGAUGAAACUUCACGGAUAGCUUAGCAUUUGCAAGGGAUGUAUAAAAAGCUACUCCUACCAUCUGUACAAUUAGUACAGAGUAGUACUUUUGUACAGUUACAUAUUUUCUUUACAAUAAAGUCAAAUGAACCAUUUUCUGUACAAUGUUAAAAUAAACAUAAAUGUGUAUUUCUGCCAA